AUGACCUCCAACGCCCUCAUCUGGAACCCUCUGGCCAAGGCGGACCGCAUGUUGGUCUACUACAACAGCUCCAAGGGCAACCUUGGCCUGCGGCAGUGGACAGACGGCGAAGAAGGCUGGGGCCCCGUGUGGGCUGAGAAGGAGGAGAGCACCAAGGGCAACGUCUUGGUCGGUGGAGGGCUCACGGCCUUGCAAUGGCGUGACUGGAUCCGAGUCUAUGGUAUCACGACUGUCAAAGAUGCCACGGCAGGCAAGGAGGUCAACUACAUCUCCCUCCUCAGCCCUGUCGUCCAGUCUCUGAGCAUCAAGACCAACUAUAACCGCCUGACGGGUUCGAGCGACGGCAAGGUCAAGGCUUACCUGUACUUCUUCACUGCUCAACAAGAACCCAACAACAGCUCUGACCCUCCUGUCCUCAACGAACGUUCUCUCGACAAUUCCAGCACAAAGCCCUUGAACAAAGGACUCACAAUCAUGAAAUCGCCAGCCGGCCUUAGCAGCAUCGCUGCCACCUACUCGCUCAAGACGGCUAAACGAUGGGUGUUUGUCCAAUUAGAAAACAAGGAAAUCGUCGCCCUGAACGGGGCGAGCACUGAGAGCCAUACCGUCACGAAAGACGCCAAGCCCGGCACGCCUCUGGCGGCCGUCUCGUUUAUUGAAGGCGAAAAGGAGGCCGUGGUGGUGUACUACGUUCGCAACACGGACGGUUUUCUAGCCCGCGCCAGUUCGCUCGACGCAGGCGCUACCUGGUCCGAUGUGAUACUGGAAGGGGCUGGCGUCCCCACGCAAGAGACGCUGAGUGCUGCUUCCAAGGACUCCUUAAAGAAGAUCGCCGUGGUGUUUUCGGCCGAGGACAGCACCGAGACGCAGAUCCACGUGGAUGAGUGGGAAGCCAUCCUUAAAGCCCCUGCCUCUGACAAGCCUUGA